GGUCCCGGGCGGAGGGAAGACAGGCAGUGUGUCUGUCUGCUGUUCGGCCCAUCAGCUGCUCUGGGCCGCAGACGGACCUGAUCCAGCCGGGCCCGCCUCCGGUGCCUCCUUAUGGGCUCACCACCAUGCGCAGGAUACGGGCCAACGCCAUCGCCAUUCUGACCGUCGCGUGGAUCCUGGGCACGUUCUACUACCUGUGGCAGGACAGCAAGCCGCAGUCCACGCCGUCCUCAGACUCCCAGACCCGGGCCCGGGGCCAGAAGCAGAGAGGGGGCCCCGGUCGGCUGGAGGUCCACCGGGAGGACAGGACCAUCCCUCUGAUUGUGACUCAGCCUCCACCAGCCGAGCCGCAGGGCCAGCUGCUGGGCAGCUUCGAUGACAAGGCCUACCUGGCAGCCAAACAGCUCAAACCAGGGGACGACCCCUACAAGGAGCAUGCCUUCAAUCUGCAGGAGAGCGACCAUCUGGGUGGAGAGCGAGCCAUCCGGGACACCAGACACUACAGAUGUGCAUCGCUGACUUUUGAUGCGGACCUUCCUUCCACCAGCAUCAUCAUCACUUUCCACAAUGAAGCUCGCUCUACUCUUCUCCGAACUGUGAAGAGUGUUCUGAUGCGCAGUCCUCCAGCUCUCAUUCAUGAAAUAAUCCUCAUCGAUGACUUCAGCUCUGACCCUGACGACUGCCAGCUGCUCUCUCACGUCCCCAAAGUUCGCUGCCUGAGGAACAGCCGGAGGGAGGGUUUGAUUCGAUCGCGAGUGCGAGGAGCCAACACGGCCUCGGCCUCGGUUCUGACCUUCCUGGACAGCCACUGUGAGGUCAACACCGACUGGCUGCAGCCCAUGAUCCAGAGAGUCAAGGAGGAUCACACACGAGUGGUCAGCCCCAUCAUCGAUGUCAUCAGCCUGGAUAACUUUGCCUACUUGGCUGCUUCUGCCGACCUGAGAGGAGGAUUUGACUGGAGUCUCCACUUCAAAUGGGAGCAGAUUCCUAUUGAGCAGAAAAUGGCGAGAAGUGAUCCCACGCAGCCCAUCAGGACUCCCGUCAUCGCAGGAGGGAUUUUUGUCAUGGAUAAGAGCUGGUUCAACCACCUGGGCCAGUACGACACACACAUGGACAUCUGGGGAGGGGAGAACUUUGAACUUUCGUUCCGGGUCUGGAUGUGUGGGGGAAGUCUGGAGAUUCUCCCCUGCAGCCGUGUGGGUCAUGUGUUCAGGAAACGGCACCCGUACGACUUCCCAGAAGGCAACGCUCUUACCUACAUUAAGAACACUCGGCGGGCUGCUGAGGUCUGGAUGGACGAGUACAAACAGUACUACUACUCUGCCCGGCCGUCUGCUCAGGGCAAGGCCUUCGGCAGCAUUGCAGAUCGUUUAACUCUGCGGCGGAAACUGAACUGCAAACCUUUCCGCUGGUACAUGGAGAACGUCUACCCUGAGCUGAGGGUCCCUGAGCAGGAGACGGUUUUCAGCCUGCUCAAACAGGGAGCUUUGUGUCUGGAGACCCGUGGGACCAACAGCCUCGGACUGGCAGACUGCAAGGCCAGCAGGCCCCGGCAGCAGAAAUGGGAGCUGUUGGAGCCGCUGAUUCAGCAGCAGGACCUCUGUCUGGCAAUUUCUGCCUUCACAGCAGGGUCAAAGGUCAGGAUGGAGCCGUGCAACAGCAAAGAGGUGAAACAGAAGUGGAAACCAAAAGGCAUGGCUCUGCAGCACAUGGUCAGCGGUCUCUGCUUGGACAGCCAGAGCCUGACGGGACCUCUGAUCAUCUCACAGUGUCGUCCCCAGAUAGCCAGCCAGUCCUGGGAGCCUCAGCUUAUCACUUGAAGUGCCGAGGACCAACAGAUGAGGACAGACUCUGGAACUGGCCUGCAGAGGGACUCUGGUUUUGAGUUUUUUAAGGAUAAAGGAAUGAAAACUGUACUUUUCUGAUGUCACUUUCUAGCUGCCGCUCAUCGGGUCUGGUAAGAGGAGCACGACUGACACGAUGCGAAGGCCUCAUUGAAGAAACAACCAGAGGUCUUCUGUGUACAUUGCUUCAUCCUUUAAGGAUGCUGCGGUUCUACGUAUUCUGAGCUUUUCACUGAAACGGUUGCACAUUUCACUUUUUAAUUUCUGUUCCUACUCUGCUCCACAAUUUACUUAAAUUAGGAAAAUUGUGACGAUCUGCUUGAAAAGACAAGUGCAGACUUUACUGUAGCAAACGUGUUGAGCUGCACCUGACCAGCUCUCAGGUGUCCUAGUCUU